GCGCCGUCCAGCCCCCCCGGCCAGAGUCCUUUUCGCAUCCUUCCCACGUCGCUGAUCGGCGCACCCGGCCAGCCCCUCACGCCAUGGCGCGAGCAAAAAAGUGGUGCGAAGGAUGGGGGGCCCAAAUAAUUGAAAAGCGGGCGCUUUCGUGCUGGUUUUGUCCAACGUCCCCGGCCUCCUCGACUGCAGUGGUCUUCGAGUACUCGACCGGCCUUCACGUUCUCUAGCCUCCGACGUCCACUCCGGAGCGCAUUCUUCUCCCCCGUCACUCGAUACGUCGCGGGAGCCCAUACGCCCAUCCCCCGACGCUACGCUAGCCAACCCACUACCUCAUAACCAUCGGAACACCUUCCUCCCGUCACCUCCCUCCCCCUUGCCCACCAUGAACGCGACCAGCACGAUGACGGACCAGCUGUACGACGACCUCGGCUUGGACUACACGUCCUUGAACUGGGCCGAGCAGCAGUGGGUGGCGUGGUACAAGUGGAUCGACAACCCGGUCGUGGCGACGGGGCUCAUGAGCUUUUUGAUGCAUGAGAUCGUCUACUUCGGCCGCUGUAUCCCCUGGAUGAUCGUCGACGCGACGCCCUACUUCAACCGCUGGAAACUCCAACCACUGAAGGUGCCCACGCUCGCGGAGCAGUGGGAGUGCACGCGGAUGGUCUUGUUCUCGCACUUCACGAUCGAGCUCCCGGCGAUCUGGCUCUUCCACCCCAUGGCACAGCUCUUCGGCAUGGAGACGUACCAGGUUCCGUUCCCUCCCUGGCAGCUCAUGGCGCAGCAAAUCCUCCUGUUCUUCUUCUUCGAGGACUUGUUCCACUGGUGUGCCCACUCCCUCCUCCACAAAGGCGUCUUCUACAAGCACAUCCACAAGGUGCACCACAAGUACCCCGCGCCGUUCGGCCUGUGCGCCGAGUACGCGCACCCCGCGGAGGUCUUCAUCCUGGGCGCGGGCACGAUCUUCGGGCCGAUCCUGUACUGCUACUUCACGCACAACCUGCACGUCUUCACCGUCUACAUCUGGAUCACGCUCCGCCUCUUCCAGGCCGUCGACGCGCACUCGGGCUAUGACUUCCCCUGGUCGCUGAACAAGUUCAUCCCGUUCUGGGCGGGCGCGGAGCACCACGACUUCCACCACAUGGCGUUCUCGAACAACUUCGCGACGUCCUUCCGCUGGUGGGACUGGGCGCUCGGCACGGACAAGAAGUACCGCGAGCACGUCGCGCGCGUCAAGGCCGCGAAGGCCGCGCUCAAGGGCAAGGGCGCCUCGCGCGAGGAGCUCGUGCGCGCGCAGUACCAGCUUAUGAAGCAGGCCGAGGAGGAGGGCGCGGUCGAGGAGGCGGAGGUGUGCCGCACCGCGAGCUUCAAGUUCUUCAAAACGGAUUAGGGGGGCGUCCGGAGUCCUGACUAGAGGGUGGUCCGGACUAUGGCUAUGGGCGAGGAUUCAGACGAGGGGCCUAAAGGAGCCCAAGCAUGAAAUAUAUACCUAGUAUGCGCAUAGACUCCUGUACGGGGGCGUAAUUACAGCAUUAAUCCAUCCACGGCUGCGAACUA